AUGAGCGGCAGCGACACUGAAAGUGACAGCGACCCACUGGCGCUGUCCAGCGCAGCGCUCGCCGCUCUUCAGGAGUUCGUCAGCGAGCGCGGCAUUGUCGUCGCCGAGCGCUCAACGGACGUGCGCGUUGCCAUUCAAAAGGCGCUCGACACGGAGCCCCAAGACGAGUCGUUUGAGUUCACGUUCGGUGCCAACGAUGAGCACAAUGCGCCGAUUGUCCUUCGCCUUCGCGGACUGCGACGCGACAUUGGCCAGACACUCGAGUCCACGGGGCUGACGCUCUGGCGCGCAGGCGACUUCCUGAGUACGUUCCUGUACGAGCACCGGCGCCGAUUUGCAGGAAAGUCGAUCCUCGAGCUGGGCAGCGGUCUCGGACUCAGUGGCAUUCUGGCGUCGUACCUCACGGAGAAGCCGGUGGUGAUCACCGAUGGAGACGAGCGCACGAUUGAGCAGCUCGUGGCCAACUGUCGGCUCAACAACGUCGAGCAGCGAGUGCAGUGCCGCAAGUUGCUAUGGGGCGUCGACCUCGACCAGAUCCGCGAUACGUUUGACGUUGUCCUGGGCGCUGAUGUUAUCUACGAGCAAGAGCACGUGCUGCCGCUGUUCGAGACUGCCAAGUACUUGCUCAAGCCUGGUCGCUGUAGUGGGGCUGAGGGCAAAGCCGCAUCGGAGUUCCUGCUGGCGUACACGAAGCGCAAUGUCUCGAUUGACUAUGUCUUGGCCACUGCAAAGGGCGUGGGCUUUGAGUGGGAGGAACCCACGACCGACGAAGGGAUCUACACGUUCAGGUUAGUGUAA